GUUAGCUUUUUAUUGGUAAGUUGACAAUUGGCCCAGGCGUCUUCCAAAUUUCCAACCCAAUCAAGACAAAGAAAGUGGAAGUAGAUCUUUAUUUCGACAGCUGUCCACUUAACGACCUUCUCGAAUAAUGUCAGUCAUUGAGGACACUCAGUGGACGAACUGUGUAGCAACCCUCGGAACUUACCAAGGAAACCGUGCAAGAUAUGAUGCGUUAGGUAUAUUGGAGGAAAGGAAGAGAUGCGUUUUGAAGUGUCAACUUUGCAGUCCAGUCACUAUCGAUGCCAAGGGAACUACCCUGAAGGGAAUUGAAACUUCCCUAUCAAAAGAACCUUAUGAUAUAGAAGAGAAAAGAAUAGUAUACGAAGAUGAGCUUCAAGCUCUGGGUUAUGUUUAUUUUGAACAGGGUUCCGCAAUUUCAGGCGGUUCGGUACAAACGUAUAUUAUGGGAGAUCCAGUUCGGUUCAGAGUUGAACAAACUAUUAGAAUUCUGAACGAUAGCCUUUUCCUUUGUGGAACAACGGUUACCGUGGGCUAUAACAACGAUGGUCAGUUACAAGAGUUGGAUGUAGUACGUUAUAUACCUGGGGAUACUGACGAGAUUACCAACUCGUUUAUUUCCUCUUCCAACAAGAAGUUGUCACUAUUUUCCGAUAUUUUAGUUGAAGGCGUAGGAUCUCAGGAGUCCUUUGCGGCAUUUUGUGCAACCCCAAAGUUGCAGAGUGGUCGUUGGGUAGGGGAAGGUACUGCGAUAUUUCCCGAGGAAAGUAGAACAUAUGCAAUCAAAAGUCUAUGCAAAUUUGUCGCGGACGUUAGUGGUUUUGGGAUAAUAUCAAGUGAGAAGGUUGUAGAAAAAGAAGAGUUCAACUAUGGACUUCGUUUGGGGAAAAAGGACUCGGAGCACGCUAUUGUGUUCCAAUCGGCCCAAGGGCGCACCUAUGAAGUUCGCUUUUUAUUAUUGGGUGGUGGGGUUGUCGUCAUAUGUCCUAUGAAAAUUCCCAAAGACCAAAGUUUCUGUAUUGAGGUAUCUUGGUGGUCGAUGGCAUCACUCCAGCUUUAUAACUGAGGAAAAACAACCACCAAAGCACAAGAAA